ACUCAUUGGACUUCUGUAUGAGCUUUCGUAACGUUCGGUUGUGUGACAGUUCAGUGUGGAAGUGAUAAUUCAAAAAAAAACGCAGGCGACAAAAACAAAAUAGGAACUACAUAAUAGAGCUACAGAAAAACAAGAAGAAGGACAAGGACCACAUAGGACCAAAAAAAAAAAAAUAGAUCUGAAGUUGACAGGACACCUGGUUGUGCAUUGCCUUGAGCAAGACGCGCAUAACCAACAACAUGUACUGGGUAAAUGAUUAAAAAAAAAUCGAAACCCAAAAAAAAGGAAGAAGAAGAAGAAGCAAACUCAUUUUUUCUAGUACAUUUGUUGUUGUUUUAGUUUUGUCAAAGUUUAUCACUGAAUUAACUGGAUUCAUUAAGUUAAAAAUAGUGUGAUGUUAAAAAAUACAGUGUUUUCAAUGAAGAACUCACCAAUUACAAGAUCCAGAAAAAUUGCGUCCAAGAGGAUGGAGAACACAGACAAUGUCUUGUUAAAAGCAUCAGAAUUUAUCAAAGGCAGACUAUAUUUUGUGUCUGUGAACUGCACAGUAGAUCUGACAUCUACAAAGACUGUCCAUUAUUUUACAAUAAAUAAAGACAUAAAAUAUGAUAGCUUCCAUAGAGAUUUUGGACCCUUCAAUCUUGCUAUGAUAUAUCACUAUUGUAUGAAGUUGAAGAGAAAAUUAAGCAAUCCUUCGUUACAAGACAAAAAAAUUGUCCACUAUGUUAAAGAUUGUACAGAACUAGAUGGCCAGAAACGAGUGAAUUCUGCAUUUUUGGUUGGUGCUUAUUCUAUAAUAUACCUGGGUUACUCACCUGAAAGGGCAUACGAAAUUCUAACCGAAAAAUCUACAAAAGAAUACCUUAAAUUCAGGGAUGCGUCUAUUGGAGAACCAUACACGCUUAGCCUGUUUGAUUGUUUGAAGGGCAUCAAGAAAGCAUUGGAUCAUGGAUUUUUUAACUUAAGUGAUUUCGAUUACAUGAAGUACGAGCACUACGAAAAAGUGGAAAAUGGGGACCUAAAUUGGAUAGUUCCUGAUAAGUUUAUCGCUUUUUGUGGUCCUCAAGGGAUAACUUAUAGCUUAGGGGAUCAUAAACCAGAAACCUAUUUUCCAUAUUUUAGAAAUCACAAUGUCUCUACUGUUGUAAGGUUAAACAAAAAAGCAUAUGAUUCAAAUGCCUUCAUCGAAGCAGGCUUUGAUCAUAAGGAUUUAUACUUUGUCGAUGGUGGUACUCCGAGUGAACGUAUUUUGCAGCAAUUUAUCACCGUUUCUGAAAAUGCUAAAGGAGUGAUAGCUGUUCACUGUAAAGCAGGACUAGGUAGGACUGGAUCCCUGAUAGGGUGUUAUAUCAUGAAGCAUUACAAAUUUACCGCAGAGGAAGCUAUUGCUUGGAUCAGAAUAUGUCGCCCUGGAUCAAUUAUAGGCCACCAACAAUCUUGGCUUCAAGAAAAGCAGAAACAAAUGUGGGAAACGGGUGAUACGCAUAGAAAGAAACAUGGCAUAACAGCACCAAUUAAACAUAAAACUGGGAUAUAUUCUCUAUCGGUUGAGAACAAAGAUGAAAACUCCAACCCAGAUACUGUUCGUAAAAUAGCUGAAGAAGUGGAUCAUAUGGACCUUCGUGAUUCUGAUGAAGAGUGUGAUGAAGAAUCUCAAGGAAACCAACUUAACCGAAUUAAGUUGCAAAGAGGAAAGAUUGCAAAUAUCAACAGCUGCAAUCACAAACAAAGUGAGCGUAUUCGUAAAGUUUCUGUGAACAUGACAUCAAAUAUCAUCCGCACCCCGGGAAAGGUUACGACCACCACAAAAACCUUUGGAUGUACAGAGAGUAGCCGAGUAGUAACUAAAAGAAUUGAUGGCCAAUCUUUGCGACGAGCUACGAAGAAGAAGAUUACUUCUUCGAUGGUCACUGUAACUACCGCUAAGACUCCGGUAGUGGAAAAGCGACAAGUUAUGAAAAAGAAAGACCUUUUUCAGAAUGUGGUGAAUAAAGCUGUCAAGAAAGAAGAGAUCAACAAUGGGGAAGUUGCCAGUAAUCAGAAUAAAGCUAAGAAACGAGUUUUAGCACGUGAACGGGAGAUGGCAAGAAGAGCUAAGAUGUUAAGAAGAACCCAUCCGAUUGCUUUGACUUAUAAUAAAAUUGAUAAAACCGAGACAGUGCAAACUUCUACAGUAAAGGUGAAUGAAACUCUAUAAAUGGCUGUGUGAGAGACAAUAAAUAUUAUUAUAUCAUUUUAACGGUGUACGGACAGAUAAUCCCUGGACAAAUAAUCCCGGACAAAAAAUCCCCACAAAAUAUUCCUGGACUGAAAAUCACCACAGAAAAUCCCGGUCAAAUAAUCCCCACAAUUUUUUUUGGAAAAAAUGUCCCCACAAAAAAUUCCGGACAAAAAAUCACCAAGAAAUAUUUGCUGCCGAAUAGUUCUCAAGAGUUUUCCCGUGAACGCAAUCAACGCAAAUUCUUUUCAGCCUCAGUGCAUGAGAGUUAUAGCAAUCGCCAUGAAACCGCUUUUCGGCACGAAAAUAAUGAUUAGUAAUUAAGAUUAAGCAUGAAUUGUAAUUUCGAUGACCAAAUUUCGAAUUCCAAUUUCCUAUUCCAACUGGUUUUCCCCAGUACGAAUUCUUGCCGAAAACUUCAAAUCUUACACGACAAAAGAGUGUGUUUUUCAAAAAUCGUGGAAAAUAUGGAGAAUGAACUAAGGCUGUGGACUCAUGUUGUAUUUAUUCGGUUAAAUCUUUUUCUCGUUCUGCUUUGACUGACUAUUUUUAAAACAUUGCCUAUUCGUGAUGAUAACUGCUGGUCUUGAAAACGAUAAUUUCGAUUGUAAUGCAAAAAAACCUGUUCCUUUUUUGUAAAUUUUACUUCAAAAAAAUUUUUACACAUUUCAACUAUUCCAAAAACAACACGUAACAAUUUGUAUCAUGUAACAAAUUUUCAAUUUUCAAAGCAGAGUGAGAAAAAUAUUUAAGCGAAUAAUUGCAACAUGAUUCCCAAAGCCUUAGCUUAUUCCCCAUAUUUUCCACGAUUUUUUAAAAAACACUAUUGCCAUGUAAGAUUUGAAGUUUUCGGCAUGAAUCCGUACUGGGAAAACCAGUUAGAAUAGGAAAUUGAAAAUGUGGUCAUCGAAAUUACAAUUCAUGCUUAAUCUUAAUUGCUCAUCAUUAUUUUCGUGCCGCAAAGCGGUUUCAUGGCGAUUACUAUCUAUAACUCUCAUGCACUGAGGCUGAAAAAACAUUGCGUCGAUUGCGUUCACGGGAAAACUUUUGACAACUAUUCGGCAACAAAUAUUUCUUUUUUGUGGUGAUUUUUUGUCCGGGGAUUUUUUGCCGGGAAUAAUUUGUGAUUUUUUUGUCCGGGAAUAUUUGACCAGGGAUUAUUUGUCCUAUGUUCCAUUUUAACAAUAAUUACUGAUGUCAAUGUCAGCGAGUUAUAUUAACUGUAGAUGGUUUGUUGCUCUUAAGUUUGCCUUAUAUUUACAUAUGUCGUUUUUAUUAAAAGUUUUGUAUAUAGAACAUUGGUGGUUCAAAAAAAUUACAAAAAAAUAAGUUUAAAAUGCUGAUUUUUAUGAAAUACACAUUUAUAAGUCUGAUUUUGUACCAAAAUCGGAAACAGUAUUUAAACAAUAGCUCAUAAGUCUUUUUUUUCACAAAUUAUUGCCUAUAGUGAAAAUAUAUAAGUGAUUUUACUGUAUAUACAUUUUAUUUUAUAUACACUUUAUUAAACUAAAAUAAUUAUGUUUUUUAUAAUAAUUUUUAAAAUUGUGUUCGCCAUUAUUGUGUAAUGGUUUAAUUUUAAGUAAUUCAUUUUUCAUUUAUUUUUGAGUCCGCUUUCUGUUUAGAUCCAGUUUUCUGCUCCGUAUGUCAACGUUGGCCCGCCCAUACAGUGAUGAGCGCGCUAAUAUAACCGGCAAAAUAUCGCAAAAUAUGGAAAACAAUACAUUAUGAAAUAAAAAGAGAUGAAACUAGUAGAGGUGGAAAUUAUCAAUAUAAGCGUAUAAAUUAACAUUACAUUACACAGUUUAUCACCUUCAGACGUAUCGGAGGAGUAUGACAACUGUCGCUGUGACAGGAGAAUUUUAUAAAAUACUCCCGUCACAGACGUCUAAAGAUGGGAAAAUAUGUUAAUUUUAAAUGUUAAUUUAUACGUUUAUAUAGAUCAUUUCCACCUCCAUUAGGUGUAUCUCUUUUUUCUCACAAUGUCUUAUGUUUUCCAUCUUUUGCGCUAUUUUGCCGGUUAUUAGCGCGCUCAUCACUGUAUAUUGUUUCAUAUAUUGUCAUCUUCGUUUUACUUGAUAUUUCUUUGUUGUUGAGGAAUCCUCUAUUUAGAGCCUGGAAUAGUUUCCUGUACUCUCUAGUCUAUUGUUGAGAUCGUCCUUGAUUCGUCCUUUGUUAUUUAUUACUGUUCCCGGGUAUUUCUAUAUGUUUGUUUGCUAUAUUUUUCCUAAUCUAUCAUCACUUCGAUUUGGUCAUCCCUGUCUUUUUUUCUUAUUAUUUUUAUUAUCUGUGUUAAGAGAAGUCGUUGUUUAUAUUUAUGUUGUAUUUUUUUACUUUUGAGUUCCAUUCUUCUAAUUUGUGCUUCAGUUUUUUACUGUUUCGGCGAAUCUGCAAAUACGCAUAUCUCUGCAUUUAUCAUUUCUAUUCUAACAGUAUGUUUUAAAGGAUUUCUUACAUUCUUUCACUAUAGCUCCUUACGUUUUAAAUGGUGGCGAUUGCAUAUUUUGUGUUCUUCGCUGUGCAAUCAUCUAUUACUUCUUACAGUUUGUUCCAGAAUUCUUUUUUCGUUUUUUGUUGCAUCUUCAUCUGAUACCAUAGCAUAUAAUUAGGUUUGUAAUUGCUUCCUUUGUGUCCAUCUCUAAGGUGGUAUAACAACGUACUUGAACAUGUGUGCAUAACAUGUUCAAUUACGAGCUUUUAAGCAAGUACCCUCCUCAAAACAUUACGGUCUUACCAAAUAGCACCCUAAAAGAAAUGUUGUAACUAAAAAGUAUCUCUCUUUUUUUUCUCCUCCUGCUCUCCGUCAUACACGUUGACGUUCAGAUUUUAAGUUAAUUAUUGUAUCAUCAGAGAACGAAAUCUUAUUUCAAUAAUGACCAAACCCACAUUGAAGAUUUCUCACAAAUUUCAAUCCUUGAAUUUAGGGUUAGCAAUCAAUUUUUUGUUAAUUUCCUGCUAUUUCUUAAAUUCGUUUUUAUAUGUAAACAUACACAUAAAUUAGGUUAAUAAGUUGUUUAUUCAAAAGUAUUUGAAUGAGUUUUAGAUCAGUUAAUAUUAGAUAACUGAUGUUUGUAGUUUUAAAAUAAAACAUAGUCCAUGCUGUAUGCUCGCCCCUUACGCCAAACUUACUCAAAAAGAGGUCCUUAUAACAAAUCCACAGGGUACCGGCGGUACCGCGGUCGGAAAAUUGUUUAAAGAAUUUUUUUAAAACAAAUUCAAAAAAUCAAUUUUUUCACUUCGGACAAAUUUUUUCUGAUUAUUUGGGACAUUCUGAGCAAAAAAGUUCUGUUUGAUUUUUCUUUAAAAUUGAUUGUUGUCUAGUUAUACGCGACUUAAAAUUAGAAAAACGCGAAAAUGGUCAUUUUCAAGGCUUUAUAAUUAUAACUCAGUUAAAAAUUAUUAUGAAAGUCAGAAAGUGGCCAAUGCCCCCCCCCCCUUCAAGAGCUUGAAAAAAUGUUUGUCAUUAUUUUAUUACAAAGCUGUUACUUUUAAUUAUUAACAAUGAGCGAUAAGCGCGUAUUAACGUGGCCGUCUCAUGGUGCAUCUCUCUCUCUCGCACUCUAUUGAACGUCCGCCUCAAUACGCACUUAGUAAUAAAAUAAAGUAAUAGCUUUGUAAUAAAAUAAUGACAAAAAUUUCUUCAAGAUCUUGAUAGUGGGGGGUGGGGCAUUGGUCACUUUCUGACUUUCAUAAUAAUAAUUUUUAACUGAGUCUUGAAAAUGACCAUUUUCAAGAUCUUGAAGAAAUUUUUGUCAUUAUUUUAUUACAAAGCUAUUACUUUAUUUUAUUACUAAGCGCGUAUUGAGGCGGACAUUCAAUAGAGUGCGAGCGAGAUACACCAUUGGACGGCCACGUUGAUACGCGCUUAUCGCUCAUUGUUAAUAAUUAAAAAUAAUAGCUUUGUAAUAAAAUAAUGACAAAAAUUUCUUCAGGAUCUUGGACAGGCUUUAAACUUUGAUUUGGUCAAUUUCUGACUUGGCAUAAUACAAUCGAACCCGACUGGAUAUUCUAUAUUCUUCCACUAGCCUUCGUGCCAGGCAAAAAUAUUACUAUAACCGGGAUAUUCUAAUAACCGAGCAUUCGUACUCGGUAGAAACGUUUCCGAUCAUCAAAUUUCUAUUCCUUAAACCGGGAUAUUCCUAUACCCGGUAUUUAAGCCUUUAAAAAGGAUAUUUUCGCGUUUUCCAAAUUUUAAAUCGCUUAUAACUCGACAACAAUCAAUUUUAGAAAACACUCAUAAGAGACCUUUUUUGCGAAGAAUGACCCAAAGGAUCUAAAAAAAUUGUCCGAAGUGAAAAAAUAUUUUUUUUGAAUUUGUUUAAAAAAAUGUUUAAACAAUUUUUUGACCACGGCACCGCCCGGCACCCUGUGGAUAUGUUAUAAGGACCUCUUUUUGAGUAAGUUUGCAUACGGCCUGGACUAACAGUAUGUGCUGGAAAUGUAAGAAAAUAACCAAAGCCUACCAGUGAACUAUCUCAGAAUGUUUUUAAAAAAUGUUAAUGGUAUCUUUAUUUUUGUCCAGUAAUUUAUAUCAUUAACACUAAAUUAUAUAUUUAUAGAUAUUUAUUCAUAAUGGAAGUAUUUAAAUAGUUGAUUAUUGAUUUUUUAUGUCAUCUUAAGAGCUAAUGUUUAAAUGUUCGGUGUACUGUUUAAAGUAUUUAUUUAAAUAUUUUUUUACUUUUUAAAUAAAGCAAUUUUUGUAUUUUAACAUAUAUUUAUGACAGAUUUCAAAGGGCUGUUUUAAUUUUCUAUAUUUGUUUAUUUACGUAGAAUACACAUAUUUAUAUCUAUUGAUGUUGAGGUUAUUAACUCGUAGAAUAAUUAGGUCCGCCAAUUUGUUAAUACUUGAAAGAUUAUACUUGAUGUCACUUUUAAAAUCUGUAAAUCACUUUUAAAUGUACAGUUAAUUUAUAAGUUAAAGUUCGUUCAUACGACACCGAAUCGUUACUACAUUUUACUGUAAAUUUUGGUGCACCUUUACACAAUCAAAAUUUUUGUUUUUUUAUUGUGUCUACAUGAUUUUUUAGAUUUUAUUUUGUUGAUUGCUUAAGCCAAAGAUGUAGUUACUGCAAUUAAAACUAGAGGCCUAUAGUUGGCAGUAUUUGUGUACAUCUGUUUAUAGAUAAUCCUGCAAGAAAGCUACCCUGCAAGACGUACUCUAUUGGCAAAACCCGAAAGAAAAAGGCGUACAAAAAUGUAUGUACAAAAAAACCAUUUUGGAGAGAGAAUAUUCCCUUUUGUUGCGGCUUAUUAUAACAACAUCCGCAUAUGCGCAUAUUUGCAUAGAUCUGGUAUUCAUAUAGCCGUUCAUAUCCAAUUUUCUAACAACAGCUUCCAAAGUUAAAUUAAAAAGUGUUGUUGAUAAGGCAUCACCUUGCCUAACUAUUUUCAAUAUCAAAUGUCUGCCAUAUCUCCAUCUAUUCUCACCAUGGCUUUGGAACCCUCCAACGGCAUUCGUAUAAGUUUAACUAACUUAUUGGGUGUCCCUAACAUAGAUAGUUGCUUUAACAUAUUUUGUCUAUGUACUCCAUCAAACGCCUGUUUGAAAUCGAUAUACAAAUUGUAAAUUGGUAUGUUUAUUCAACACAUUUUUUUUUCACGUAUACCUCUUAACAUUGUAUUUGGUCUAUAGUUGACCUCUUUGGUCUGAAACCACAUUGGUAUUCACCAAUCAUUUCUUCCGAAAACGAUUCCAGGCGGCUGUAUAUAAUUCCUGUUAUUUUGUUGACGACAUUUAAGGGGUUACAUAGGUCCUGCGGGUAAAAAAGUGACUUUAAAAAAAUUGUAUCUCGAAAACUAAAAAUUAUUUUUAUUUAUAAUUGGAACAUGUCAAAAGUAUUAUACUUACGGUACUCUCAAAAAUUGUUGACUGCAAUUUUUCGACAACAGCCCUUUUUUUGCGAUGGGCAGCAUAACUAAGUCCAGGCUCAUCUGAAAUCAAAUAAUCAAAAGGUUUCUUGUAGUUUAUACCUCUGGCUAGUGAAUGAACGAAGAAAUUAAAAAAAAAAUGAAAUUUGAAGAUUUUACUCAAGUUUAAACACAUUUUCGACCCAAAUUUUUCUCAUUUUUUCAAAAAUGACCAUUUUUAAAGUAGUUUUUUUUAUAAAACAAAAACAACUUUACCUAAUAAAAAUUCCUUCGUUCAUUCACUAGCCAGAGGUAUAAACCACAAGAAACUUUUUGAUUUCAGAUGAGACUGGACUUAGUUAUGCUGCCCACCGCAAAAAAGGGCUGUUAUCGAAAAAUUGCAGUCAACUCUACAAAAAUGAAUGUUUUUUACUGAAAUUUUUUUUGAGAGUACCUUAAGUAUUAUACUUUUACACGUUCCAAUUAUAAAUAAAAAUAAUUUUUAGUUUUCGAGAUAUAAUUUUUUUAAAAAGUCACUUUUUUUACCCGCAAGACCUAUGUAACCCCUUAAAACUGUUAUGCCUCUAUAAUUUUUGCAGAGUCGUUUGUCUCCCCCUUUGUACAUCGGAAGUAUGAGUCCUACUUUCCAAUCUUCUGAGAUGACUUCUAAUGUCCAUAAGCGGUAGAUUAGUUUAUGGAUAAGCUUCCAUAGCACAUGUCCACUAUUCUUUAUCAGUUUUGCAGUUAUUCCAUCUGUGCCAGGUGCUUUGUUAUUUUUUAGAUGUUUUAUGACGUUUAUCGUUUCUUCCAAUGUUGGUUGCUCAACUAGUUGUUCUCCUGUGUAGUGAAUUAUUUCUUUAUCUGGGUUUAAGAGCUCUUGAAAAUGCUCCUUCCACCUUUCCAUUAUUUCUUCUUUCUCGUUGAUAAUUGCCCCAUUCUAGUACCUUAAACAAAGACUGUCCAAAUAAUAAAUGGAGUGGGAAAUAUAAAAAUUAGGCUCGGUAAAGUUCAUAUAGCGAAUUGUGAAGACAUUUUACAAACUAGGUAAAAGAUCCAGGGCAAACCGAAAAUAUGAAUGAGAUGCCACCAUAAGAAAAAUGGUGACAGGAAACAGGACAAAGAUAAUGAAAGCAUGGAUAUCAUAGUAAAAAAUGCGCAUCUAUAAAUUGUAAAAGAAAACUUUUAAUGGGUUGAACAUAGAUGUUCGUGUAUAAAUUCAGUCUAUCCAGAAAAGAAGAAAAGUCCCAGAUACAAAAUUCAGUAUUAAAAUAAAAGUAAUGAUUUAAAUCUGAAACCUUUCUUGGAACUACUUUCUGAUAACAUCCUUUAUAUUUGACUUUUAUAAUUUAUAAGCCAAGGGACGACGAAUAAAGAAAGCGAAAAGGAUUCUACAAUAUGCAAUCGCAUUUCAUCUUACUCGUCUAGGAAAAGGUCCAAGAGAUAGUUCCAAUAUUCAAAAUCUGAGUAAAGAUAAAGAUAGAAGUGGAUUCAUCUGAAUCAAAAGGAAACAAACUGUCGUUCUCGUUUAUCUUUACUUAGAUUUUGAGUAUUGGAACUAUCUUUCGGGCCUUUUCCUAGACGAGUAAGACUUAAUGUGAUUUCAUAUUGUAGAAUCGUUUUCGCUUUCUUUAUUCGUCGUCUUUUGGCAUAUAGAUUGUAAAAGUCAGAGAUUGUUAUAAAAUGAGUUAGGUGAGCUAACUAAAUGACCUCCAACAACAAUGACAAUUAUAAUUCACUCAAUUACAAGACAAUAGGAAAACAUUUUACUUGAACAUAACUGACAGUAUAUUUUCUAAUUUCUUGACAUUACAUUUACAACUUCUAUACUGUCAAUACAUAGAGUAUGUACAACUAUAGAGCAACAUCUACUUUUAACGCUGUAUAUCGUAACACUCUCCCUCAACGUGAAAAGUAGAUAAGCCAAACAAUUUUGGUUUCUUUCUAACACGCAUAUUGUAACGCUUAGAUUCUUGAACACCAUCAUCGCUUCUUUCUUCUCUAUUCACUUCUUGAUUUUCACUCGUACUUUCUGCACUUUCCAUAUUUUUAGAUUUCACAAUUUCAUUGAUACCAUUUUUCACUUUUUCUUAGUUUUCAUUUACACUAAAACAUUCCGACUGAUUCUGGUUCACUGAUUCGGCUUUAUCUUCAAAAAUUUGCAAAUUGCAUGUAACCUCAAGUUUAAAUCGUGCGUCGUGGCUCGAUACGAUUCUUCUUUCAGAUGGAAUCCAUAUUCUAAAACCAUCCCUGUCAUUCACGUAACCAACUAAAUAACCAUGUAUCGCCUUGUCAUCAAAUUUACUGCGUAAAUACUUGUUUACGUGAACAUAACAUUCAGUGCCAAAUAUUCUUAAAUGUUUCAAACUCCCAACUGGCUUUCCAUACCACAAUUCAUAGGGACUUUUAUUCUCAAUUGAUGAUUUUCCUGUGCGAUUCAGAAGAUACACUGCAGUAUUGCAUGCUUCUGCCCACAAUUCUUUGGACAACUUGCAUGGGUUUAACAUGGAACGAGCACACUCUACAAUGGUACGGGUUUCCCUUUCAGCAACACCAUUCUGAGGUGUAUAGCGUGGAGUGAUACAAUGCUCUAUACCUCUACUCGCAAGAAGUUCAGAUACCUUUCUGUUGUCAAACUCUCUCCCUCCAUCACAUCUCAGUUGCUUUGCUACAUGGCCAUUUGUGUUUGCUUCAUUUAAAAAAUUUUCUAAGAAGGUACAUACCUCACUUUUGUGUUUCAUAAAGAAAACUUUCCGAAACUUACUGAAGUCAUCUUUAAAACAUACGUAAUAACGUGCUCUUCCCAGUGAUUCUAUAGACAUGGGUCCAUUCACAUCUGCAUGAAUCUGCUCACCAGUGACUUGUGGCCGAUUGAUCCUAGUUUUAAAUGGCAAUCUAUGCAUUUUUCCAAUUGCACAUCCUUCGCAAAAGCUUUCUUUGCACCCAUCAAUGUCUAUAUUCAUUUUCUUCAAGACCUUCUUUACGUGUUGCUUAUGCUGAUGACCAAAUCUUUCAUGAUACACUUGUAACAUAUCUGUUGACUCUACUAAGUUCGCUUGAAUGGGAUUGGUCGGUUUCAUAACACGUAUAUCAAGUGCAUACAGGCCAUUACUGAAGUACCCAGUCAUUACAGAUUCAAGAGUAUUUUUAUCAUGUAUAUUUACACCUUUAUCAUCGAGUACUGUAACGAACCCUCUUUGUGCAGCAGCUUUCACAGAAAGCAAAUGAGCGCUUGCUUCAGGAACAUAAAAAACGUUCUUCAGUUCAGCAUCUUUCCAUUUAUUAUUCAGACGCGUUUGAAUUUUCACCGUUCCUUGUCUAUAGGCUAGCAUACAUACAUCCUUCUUACCAGGUGAUAUCUUUUCGGGUUCAGCAAACUCUGUAUAAGAUGAGAAAUAUUGCUUAUCUGUAGUGAUAUGAUUUGUGGCUCCACUGUCACAAUACCAUUUCCCAGCUUCAACACAAUUGUUAGAUGAGGCACUUAAAACAAUAGACAAAAAAACAGCAUCAUUACUUUUAUUCUCGCCUAAAUUCUCAGCAGAUUUUUGCAAUGGACACUCUCUCGCCCAAUGGCCUAAUUUCUUGCAUCUGUGACAAGAAAAUUUUUCUUUUGCACGAUGUACAUUUUUGUAGUUGUACUUUGGCUCUGUUUGUAUUUUUCUGUCGGGCUAGUGCGUGCAACAAACGCAAAAGAUUCUGUGGUACUUUGGUCACGUAAUUCAAUGGCACACAAUUUCUCAAUCAAUAAAUUCAAAGUUUGAUUCUUUGAUGGUAUCGUGUCCCACAAAUCUUUGAAAUUAUCAAAGUCCUUACCCAAAGUUGAUAAGAUCCGUCCAUUUAACAUUCUUUCGGAUAAAACAUUUUCAUCAUGCUUCAGCAAUUCAUCAUUCAAAUCUACAAACAGUUUCUGCAACUUCGCAACAUGUGUGCUAAUAUCUUCUUUUUCAUCACGUUGGACUCUAAAAAAGGCUUCAAUUAACAUGUUUAACCGUUGCGUACUGCUACGUUCAAAUCGCGCACGUAAUUUGUCCCAUAUUUCUCUAGCGUGAGUACAUGUCAUCACGAGCUCGGCAUCAGUUUUUCCUAGCGUACCUGCUAACAAACUUGCCGCUUUUGCAUCGUCUUUUAACCAUUGUUGAUGCUUCUCUACUUCCAAUGAAGUUGAAUUUUCAGCAACCUCGGGACACUUAAACGUACCGUUCACAAUGCAAUAACAUCGAAACGUGCCAUUUCCAUUUUGCCCAGUCUUCAGGGCCCUCAAUUUUAUCAACUUGAAUUUUAUAAUCGUUAUUGCUGGUCGCCAUAUUUUUUCACCUGUUCACAGUUCACGUGAAUUGGGCCUGUAACCUGUUAUAAAAUGAGUUAGGUGAGCUAACUAAAUGACCAACAACGAUUAUAAUACUCUCAAUUACAGGACAAUAGGAAAACAUUUUACUUGAACAUAACUGACAUUAUAUUUUCUAAUUUCUUGACAUUACAUUUACAACUUCUAUACUGUCAAUACAUAGAGUAGAGUAUGUACAACUAUAGAGCAACAUCUACUUUUAACGCUGUACAGGGUGUUUCAUUAAUAAUUGUCCAUAUAGUAACUGGAGAAACCUUAGCACAAAAUACGAAGAUUUAACCUAAAACACUUAAAUAAAAUGUGGUUCCUUACUGAGUUACAGGGUGUUUUAUCUAAAAAUUUAAAAACUAUUUUUGCUUAGCAUUUAAAAACUAUUCGACGUAUCCUUUUCAUACUUGGCAAGAAGUAUAAGUACUAUAUAAACUACUAAAUUAUGUUAAACAAACGUUUCUGUCUUUUACCAGAGGCGUACGACGGGGGAAAGUGAAUGGUUGACCCUUUCCAAAUUCUACGCCACUGGCGGAAUUGCUAUUUUAGUUCAAUUUUUGGAUUCUCCAAUACGUUCUAUGAAAAUAAUUCAUUCGUAACGAUACAGUCAUUAGUUUUCGAGAUCUUUGAAGUUAAAAAUGAAACGACACUGUUAUUAUGAUUAAUAUAUUGUGUCGCUUCAUUUUUAAUUUUAAAUAUCUCGAAAACUUAUCAUUUUAUCGUUACGAAUGUAGAGUAUAUUAUUUACAUAAAAAGUAUUGGAAAAUCAAAAAAUUACACUAAAAUAGCAAUUUUGUCAGUGGCCUAGAAUUUGGGAAGGGCCAACCAGCCACUAUCCCCUGUCGUACGCCACUGGUAGUAACUAGAAACGUUUAUUUAUCUUAAUUUAGUAGGGUGUAGAGUACCUACACUUUCUGACAAGUAUGAUUAGGAUACGCCAAAUGGUUUUAAAGUACUGGGUACAAAUAAUUUUUAAAUUUUAAUCAUAUGAAUCAUAAUAUCAUAAAUUAAUCAAAAUAACUGUGCCGUUUCAUAUUUAACUUCAAAUAUCUCGAAAACUAAUGACUUUAUCGUUACUAAUGAAGAGUAUAUUAUUUACGUAUAAAGUCUGGGAAAAUCUAAAAAUGGCAUUCAAAUAGCAAUUCCUCCAGUGGCGUAGAAUUUGGGAAGGGUCAACCAUUCACUAUCCCCUGUCGUACGCCUAUGGCAGUAGCUAGAAACGUUUGUUUAUCACAAUUUAGUAGGGUGUAUAGUAGUCGCACUUUCUGUCAAGCAUGAAAAGGAUACGUUAAAUAGUUUUAAAAUGCUGAGCAAAAAUAGUUUUUAAAUUUUUAGAUAAAACACCCUGUAACUCAGUAAGGAACCACAUUUUAUUUAAGAGUUUUAGGUUAAAUCUUCGUAUUUUGUGCUAAGGUUUCUCCAGUUACUAUAUGGACAAUUAUUAAUGAAACACCCUGUAUAUAGAUAAAGGAUGUUACCAGAAAGUAGUUCCAAGAAAGGUGUCAGAUUUAAAUCACUUGUUAUUUUAAUUUUAUUUGAAUAAUGAAUUUUGUAUCUAGUACUUUUCCUUUUUUCUCUAAGAGAUGUCGCUACAGCGUCUUAAAAGUGGAUUUUAAUCUAUUUUUGAAAUUCCACUUAAAUACGCAGUUUAUUAUCGUCUUGGUUCAGAGGUGUUCUCGUUGUCCUAUUGAAGACGUCUAAGAGACAGAAACAGCUGUCUAGGGAUGGUGGAUAUCCUCAGAAUCGAAAGGAAACAUAAACUGUCGUUCACUUUUAUCUUUUAUCAGUCCAUUCAGAUUUAUUGUGUAAAUUUAUUCCACUGCACUUAGUAAAAAAUAUCGAUUCUGUAUCCCAUGAACGAACGAGGUUUUAUUGAAAUGAAUGUGAUAACUCAAAAUUAUGGAAAUAUAUUAAAAUAAUACCAAGUAACUGGACAUAACUUGAUUUUAGAAUACUAGCGUUGAUUCUAGUGGGUACUACGUUACUAAUAGUACAAUAAACACAAAUGGUUACACUUCAUCAACAAUUAUUGUAGAUUUUUAUGACUGCAUCACAUUUAAAAAAUACUCGAAAAUAGAAACGAGCGAAGAUGUAUAACAUUCUGAAAAAAAAAACAAAAUAAUAUUAGGUGAACUUGAUUUUAAUAAUAUUGAUGGAAAAUACUUGUUUUAAUUUAGAGAUAUAUUAAUAAAACACAUAGUGCUUGUCUGCUUUAUAACAAAUUAUUUGUACCAAGUUUAGACUGAGCAGUGUAGAAAUUACCACACGACCCUGUAGAUAUUUUCACAGUAUUCUACGAACAUCCGAUAAGGACAGCUUCAUUAUUUCAAUUAGUUUAGUUUGAUUCUGUUGUCAUUCACAGUAAUCACUUGUGACAUAAAAUAAGGAGGUAAUGAGCCCUAAUAACUAUACGUUGGAACAAGCAGUUAAUUUGCGAGUAACAUGAAUAAUUACCGAAUUGUUGAAGUUAUUUUUUUUAGGCGCGAUUGGGAGUAAAAUUUCAUAAAUCUGCGCGCAUGCGCACACAGACAGUAAUAGUUCGUUGCUAAUCUUUCAAGAUAGGUAUGUAUGUAUCUGUAUCAGCGCAAAUAAGUCAUUAAAAGAAUAUAUUAGUUUUUUUAGUAAAUGUAUUAUUUAUUAUAAUUUUUGGAUUUGUCUUUCUCUGUAGUAAGAUAAUAAAAUAUUAUGUAUGUAGGUAUAACAUUUUUAUAUGUCUAUUUGUCACAGUGUUGUGUAAUUAUAUCCGAAACUUACGUGUCACUUAAAGAAGCUCGGUGGCGUAGUUGGUAGAGCGUUGGGCCAAUGAUUGGAAGGUUGCGGGUUCCAAUCCUGGACGAUUCAUAUUUUUUUUUUAAUUUUUGGUUGUUUUAAUAAAAAAUUUUUGAAAGUGGUAGAUAAGAAAGUUAUUUUAAUAUUUAAAUAAAAUACAAAUAACCUGUUAAGUAUAUUUACUUCGUUGAAAUUAUAUAAUAGAAGAAUAACUUCUUACGUGCGUACAAAGUACACACACAUUCUUUUUUUUUGUUAUUUUUUAAAAUUGUUAAUAUGGAAUAAUCAACAUUUUUUAGGAUGUAUGGAAUUAUUUUUACGGUUUAAUCCUUAAUUACUGACGUGGAUGUUUCAGGACGUAGACACUGAUAUGCGGUAUGUCAUACCGUUGCCUAUUCUCCUUUAUUUUUAAUACGAGUUUGUCCUAUAUCACUGUAUUUGUUUUUUACAUAACUACGGAAUGAUUCUUCAUACUGCUGUAAAAUAAAAUACUACUCCGAAUAAAAUAAACUUUGUUUUCAAGAAAAUUAUGAACGCAUGCAUAAUAUAUUAAAAAAAUGGUGGAGGUUUAAAAAAACGAAUUACAAAAAACCUAGUAUUCUUAACGAAAAAAUUCUAAAACAAUGUUGAAAGUACUGGAAAGUAGAACAACUGGAUGAACUUGCUGCCAUUCUAAUAUUGAAAGAAUACUGAAUGGACUGUUUUUCACUAUAGUAACAUAAACACUGACACGCGGUACAUGAUACCGCCAGAAAACUUUACGUCAACGUUGCUGAAAGACUAAUCUAUACUAAAACUGUAGCAGUUGGAAUCUUGGACCAGGAGAUCCUGAAAACGGAUGCCCUCCUGUUACCCUGCCUGCCAACUAAAAGCACCCGUGUUCGUCAAGGCACUCCCGUACGUGUUCAGUUAGCGAACGAAACUUCGAAGUGCCUUGCGCAGCCUAGAUGGGUCGUAGAAAUUAUCGGUUCUUACCUAGGAGCGGUAAGGCCGGUCGUACAUUGGAAGCGUAGUCGCGCGACUCGUAGGUAGCGCGUGUACGUGCGACUGAGCGACUGGUAUCAUCCACUGCAGACGACUGUAUACUUUACUUUAGUGUACUGUCAAACUGACUGUCAUCAUCAAAAGAAAGUGUAUUUUUGUGAAUAUCGUAAAAUAUACAUAGAAAGCAUAGUUUGAAAGGAAUAAUUUAUUACACAAAUACAGUUGAGUCCGCGAAUCUUUACCCGUGCGUCAUUAUUUAAAGCAUACGAAAUAAGUCGGAAAUUGAAAUUUACUAAACACAACAGCAAGUCACUUACUGUCACUUGCUGUUGCGUUUAGUAAAUUUCAAUUUCCGACUUUAAAUGCUUUAACGAUGACGCACGGGUAAAGAUUCGCGGACUCAACUGUAUGUAUGUUAUUUAUUAACAACUUUAAAAAGGUUUGUACCUUUGUACAAUGGCCUUCCCUUUAACGGGAAUCGACUCUUCCAUAUAUUGUUGGCGAUUCAAAUUUACACGAAAUAUUUACUAUACUAUUUAAUUACAUUUUUCACCAAAUUGAAAAAAAAACAUAAGUCAUUUUUUAAUAAAAUUAAAGAUUUAUAUAACUUUAUAUUUACUUGGUUUAGAUGUAAGACGUUUAUUAUUGUAAAAAUUUCAAAUAAAAAUUCUUUCUAAAGUUUCUUAUUCCUAAAAGUAUAAGAAGUAUUCACUUCUGUCGGCACUCGCAACGCAAGUGCCACGCUCUUUUUUUUAUUUUUCGUUUGCAUUGUAAUUAUAUAUUAUAAGAUAAUAAUAUUAAAAACUCUAUCACUAGCACCUACUUCAUCUGCAACUUUUGACCACAAUUUCCUUUGAACAUCACGUGAAUGGUCUUUCACGUUUUGUCCCACAAAGGAGACUUUUCAUAAACGGCACUAUAGGUUUUUCGUUAUCAAUUUCCUUAUCGAAAAUAACACAAUUAUUAUCGAAAAUUAAUACAAUAUCAAAUAUUAUAUUUAUUGCAAACCAUUGUAGCAUCAGCAUGCGAUUACCAGCGACUAAUCCCAUUCUAGGGGGAUCGGUCGCCAGUCGCUUGUGGUCGGUCGAGCCCGGUCGCUCAAAGUCGUUUGCAGUGGACGUUGUUUAGUUACAUUUUAUUUGAGGAUUAGUCGCUUCUAUACGGGCGUAUACGCGCUACCUUUGAGUCGCGCGACUACGCUUCCAAUGGACAAAUUGAUUGAUCCAGAUCUCUCUCAUCUUGCCUCAAUUGCUUUCUUUAUCAUGGACUUUCUUUUCAUGAUUUUUAUUAAAAGGUCUAGGAUGGAUUCAAAAUUAUCUCUGCUUUACAUACUACGUCAGGCUGACGUAUCAAGCUGUCGGGCGAUAUCUCUCCUAGUUUUGACCGCAUUCUGUGCUGUUACGUUGCAAGUCAUACAACUGUCAUCUCUGGUUUUUCGAAUACGGAACCCCGAAAAAUAAAAGACCUGAAAGAUUCAUGUCCGGUCAGGAACUACGUAAAAUAAAAAUUUACUCAUUUGAACCUACAUUUAUACCACUCCAUCACGGUAUUAGUUUUUUGGACCAUUGUGCCUUGUCUGUCUGUGCCUCCCAUUCUAUUAGUAAUUGCUCUCUAGUGACAGCUCUCACCUGUGCUAGAUGAGCAUCCUGAGAGUUGUAGAGAAUCUGCCGUUCUUUCGCUGAGAGGAUAAUGGGAAUCGUACCUUCUAUCACCUGUAGGGCCGUCGUCGAAGUAGUCCGGCACGCGCUUUUCACUUUUAGUAGGGGCUUUCGCUGAGUUCUAGUCAUCAAAUCCCCGUAUUUUUGAUAUUUUAGUAUAUCUAACCAAAUGGGGGUUCCAUAUAGGAGGGUCGAUUGUACCACUUGCAGGUAUAUUCUUCGUUUUUGGCUGCUAAGGCCUCCUAUAUUCGGUAUGAUCCUUUGUAGGGCUGCCGUUCUUACUUCUGCCCUCUGGACUAUAUUUGUCAGGUGUUUCGCGAACCUUAGGUCUGUGUCGAUGUAUAUGUAGGUAUUUUGCACAGUUUGUAGGCUUUAUUGUAGUACAGUGGAACCUCGUUAACUCGGAUUAAUCGGGACCGCGGCCUAUCCGGGCUAUCGAAAAUCCGGGUUAGCUGGAGAAAAUGGUAAAAAUUAAUAAAAUACGGUAUACUUACAGGUAGUUGGCGUAUUCCAUGACGUUUUAUCCAUAUAUCCAGCCAACCUUGACUCGCAGUGAAAUUUGGUUCACAAUCAGGCAAUAUUUUAUUCAGCUUGGGUGCUGAUUCUUGAAUAAUUGGUCCAGAAACUGGUAAACCAUGUUCGCGUUCAGCACAAAACCACACAUACAAAGCGUCGUCGAGAGUCUCAUUUUUAGCUUUAUUAGCUUUGCACCGAUUGUCCAAUCUGUCUUUUGUUAUCAUUUUGAAACAAAAUUCUUCGAUUUUAGUUCUAUUUUUCUUCAAAUCGGAUACUGUAGAUGUACCGACACCAUAUGAUGCUGCAAUUGUUUUUAAAGAUUCGCUUUUAUCAAUUCUACCUAAUGCUCCUAGUUUCUUUUCCAUUGUCACUACAAUAUUUUUACGUUUUCUUGCCAUUACGUAGACAAAAAACACGCAAACACAAAAUCUGAAUAGAUUUACGAACGAUUACAGAACGGAAGCGAACAAUACGACUGCACUACACACAAUACGGUCUCAAUCGCAACGAUGUUAUGUUAUUUAAUAACAAUGAAGACUAAGACCAUUGUUUAAAAAAUAAUUUUUUAAUAGUCUUUUUUAAACAAUGCUAAGACAGUUGAAAAUAAAUACAGGAUACUACAGGUGCCUGUUGUUUCCUAUAACACGACAAUGAACAUCAUGUGCCAUGAGUCAUUUUUACUAUCCUGUAUGUAGUUCAAAUUACACAAAUACCCAUUAUCUCUCAAAUAUUAUAUUACAUACAUUUUUAUUGUUGAAAUGUUUGUCUGAUAAAAAUCGGUCCGGGUUAUCGGGGGCCGACUUAUCGGGGUUCCACUGUACUACUAAUAUGAAAAGUCUUUGUUGUGGUCCUUUCAAUAUGAUCACUUCCGUUUUGUUUCCAGCUGGUUCCAGAUCGUUUGUAGCCAUCCAGCUAACGACUUUUCUGCAGCAUGUGUUUACUUUGUCUUCAAUUUUUCGGUUCAUGUCAGUCACCACUAAUAUCGCCAAGUCAUUUGCGUAGGCGAUAAUAUCGGCCAUAGUCAAUUUCUAGCACCGCGUUAUACAAUAUGUUCCAGAGUGUUGGACCCCUAUGCCGGCUGACAGCUUAUGUUCUGUAUUUUUUGCCACUUAACGUAUCUAUUUUUAAGAUACCUUUUAAUGAUAUUAUUGAUAAGGUAUCCUGACACUCGUACUGAUUCCAAUUUAGUUAUGAUGUAUGCCCAGUUGGUAGAGUUAAAGGCAUUUUUCACAUCAAACAUUACUACGACCCAUGUGUUCCUGGUGUUCUUUACAGAGUCAGAUGUUUUACCGCAUCUAUUGCAGACUUAGCUUUUCUGAAUCCGUACUGUCUGUUGGAGAUGGUCUCUCUUUCACUCAGUUCGUCUUCUAGGCGAUUUUUGACAAGAUUUAAUAAUUAAUAAUUUCCCUAGACAGUCGAGAAACAUAUAAGCCUAUAUAAAUUGGCUUCUUUCGGAUUUUUACAGGGUUUAUGAAUCAUCGUAAGUUUCGCUAAUUUUAACUGGUCUGGGAGCCCCUUUACUGUCCUGUAGCUGGUCAUCAAAACUUACGAUGAAUCAUCGUAAGUUUCGCUAAUUUUAACUGGUCUGGGAGCCCCUUUACUGUAUUUAGUGGAGUAUCAACUUGUUUGGUAUGGGUAGAUCUGUACCAAACGGGUCAAAAUUAAACCGUAAAAAUAAUUUCAUGCGUCUUAAAAAUGUUGUUAAUAUCAUAUUUACAAUUUACAAAAUUUAAAUUAAAGAAUUUCGGUAAAUUGGCAUUUUAUUCGCAAAAUAACUGAUUAGUUGUUAGGAGUCGUAUAUAAAGUACUAAGUUCUAGUCGUUUACAUGGCGAAAAUUCAAUUGACGUACAUAUGUACUUUCAUAGAUUGAUUUAAAAGCAUGGAAGAAGUUUUGCUUUAUAAUGUAAACAAAAAAUAUACUCACGGACAAAAAUAUUGCAUGUGCAUGUGGAAUGACAUUUUUGUGCUGGUAUCCUUAGCCCCCCCCCUGUAUCAUAGGAAUAGUUAUGUUUAAAAUUUACACAUUUCUUAAGAUAUCUCGAGAUAGAAAAAAGGUAUCGACAUGCGGUUUUCGGUAUUCUGUUGCUAAUUUGGUCUAAUUUUGUAAUACAGGAUAAAAAUACAUACUUGUAUUUUAUAUUUUCCAAAGAAAACUAGAUUUCUAAAAAAAAUAAAUAGCGCCUUCUAGCCGGCAUAUUACGUAAUAGGCUGUUUCCAAAUUAUAACUAUUACAUUGACGAAAAGAGAGCUGUUUUCAACAAGACCAAGUUUGUAAAAAUCGAUUAAGCAGAACCGGACUUACAGCGAUUUUUUCAUAACAAGGUUCCCACUCACCCCCACCUCUUAUUUGCACAGGUAGACUUAAGCUUGUGAAAUAAAAUAUGCACAGAAUUGUAUGAAGAAUACGAUGAUUGAAUUUCAAGUGCCCUUUCAUUAGGCAAAUUUUGUAAAAUUUCGAUUUCCUAAUUUUUGAUAUUUAAUUACGCCCUCUAGCGGUGGACUUACAAUUAUGAAAAUAAUUUCCAGGCUUUUCUCGGGGCAACUUUUGUUAUAAAAAAUUUUUUCCCAAAGCUGUAGUAUAAACGGUUCCUGAGAUAUGGCCGAGAGCCAUUCUUAUUGGGACACCCGGUACAUAUCAGUUGGCAUUCUCCUAAUCACUUCCACGUGUUCGGUAUGUCCUUUCAAAGCAAUACCGCUCCGUAGCACUGUGCCACCGCCACCAAAACUAACGCUCUUGCUUCCAUAUGAUGAACGCUAUGCCGGAUGUAACCUCAUAGUGAUAAUUUUGGUGGUGGCGGCAUAGUGCUAUGGAGUGGUAUUUCUUGGAAAGGAGAUACCAAACUUGUGGAGGGAUUGGUUAAAUGACAGCUGAUAUGUAUUACACAUAUAAAACAUUUUAGAUCAUGUUUGCCAGCCAUAUUGGAUAGCAAAUUUGUGUUAAUGAACUAUGACGCAGCUCUUCAUCUCGGUAGAAACAUCACAUUCGGAAAAGAAAAUUCCUAUCACACUGGGGGGCCAGCACAAAAAUUUUUAUUUCACACGUUAAUUUCAAAAAUAUUUUUUGUCCGUGAGUAUAUAUUAUCGUAUUCAUUAAAUAUGGAAGAAAUCUAAGUCAGCAUAGCAACAUGUAUCCAUGGGAUAUUCGUGGAUAUUUAAAAGUGACAGAUAUUUUGUUAGGACUUCAAGGAGGUUUUCAAAGUAUUGCCCUUUUGUAUUGAUGGGAUACUAGUGCAACACAAGAACAUUACAUACAUUAAGAAGAUUGGCACCAUAGAUCUGCUUCGAAACUGGUUUUUAGUACAUACAUACAAUGUGCUCCCCUUGAUAACUCAAAAACAGUUUUUCUUUAUUUAAUUUUACUUCAAAUUGCUUUAAUGAUAUUUUUUCAAUUAAAUGGUGCUAAACUAAAAGGCAAGAAAUCCGUUUUCAAGAAAAAUUAAAUGAAAAGGAACUGGCAGCUUGGAACUGUUUUGUAUACGUAGUAAAAUAAAUGGUAAAUAAAAUAUCAGGAAAUCUGGGACUCGUAUUAGGUGACUAUUGCUAAUUUUUAAAAAAUAAUACAAUAGAAGAAACAGAUUUUUGUCGUAACAUAAAAUUCAUAUACGUAAAACAUACAUAUUCAUUUUGUCUUAUCUUAUUUUUAACCUCACGUAAUGUUUUUGGCUAUAUUUAAUACAUACAUUUUAAAUGUUCAUAUUAAAUAAAUAUUAGUUUGUAAAAA